ACGGACAUUGCCGACGCACGAGAAAACUUCGGCCAUCUCCCCAGUGCGCAGCAGUUAGAUCCUAGGUACGCGUCGGUAGGGGUCUGUGCAGUUUUGCUAAGGGUAGGUAGUCAUCUAUAUAUUGCAUCUGUGGAUUGAAACAGUUGCGAAGUUAUUCGGAGGGAUAUGGAGGAUAUAUUUAUGAUCAUUUGCUGAAAAGGAUCUCCAUUUGGACAGCGAUCAUAGGGCGUUUCUUGGGUCCCGGGUCCCAGUUGCUCGCAGUCGCGUUAAAGUUCAAUUAGUCAUCCAGAGAAGAAAAUGCACCUCUGGGUGUACACAGCGUGGAUCAUGGUGUGUUCAAUCUCUGACAUGGCUUUCUCCAGCUAUUCGGAAGAUCAGUGCAGCUGGAAAGGGAGCGGCCUGUCUCAGCACCCAGGCAGCGUUGAGCAGAUUUCACUGCACUGCGCCGAAGGCUCGCUGGAGUGGCUCUACCCUAAGGGGGCGCUGCGGCUCUCGCUGUCCCCCCGCCUGCCCUCUGCAGCGGUGGGGCCCGUGGGCAGCGGUCACAGCACCUCGGGUCACAUCACGGCCUGCAUUAAGCCGGCCGAGAGCUUCCUGGGUGCCCAGCUGUACCUGGAGCGUGACGGUGUCCUGGAGCUCCUGGUGGGCGACCGGCCGGACGAGCUGCGCCCCCCCCGGGUGCGCUGCUUCAGCCGCCAGCCUGGGGAGAGGCUGGCCCUCUUUCUGCAGGCCACACCGCACCAGGACAUCAGCCGGCGCAUUGCCGCCUUCCGCUACGAGCUGCGGGGCGACUGGAAUGCUCGCUUGUCCCUGGACUCGGAUCCCAUCAGAAGUGAAGGAGCCUGUAGACCCUGUAAUGACAGAGAGAUCCUGAUGGCUGUCUGCACCAGUGAUUUCGUUGUCCGGGGAAAUAUCCAUUCGGUGGUGGAUGAUGAGGACCUCCGGGUGUCAGUCAUCAAGGUCAGCGCCACCCGGGUGUACCGGCAGAAGUAUGCCCUCUUCUCUGGAAGCGGCCGCCUCACUAAGUGGGGCGAGAUCCGGACGUUGCUGCAGUGUGGUGUGCGGCCCGGCGCCGGCAGCUUCCUCUUCACGGGCCGGGUCCAUUUUGGCGAGGCAUGGCUGGGCUGUGCGCCACGAUACAAGGACUUCCUGAGAGCCUACGAGGCGGCGAAGGAGAGCCGGCAGAUUCCCUGCGAGUUGUCGUCAGACUGAGGCGCAAGGUGUCCCUCCAGAACUACCAGAGCCGAAGCGGGUCUGCUCCAAAGCCACGUGGGAGAGGUAGCGACCUGCCCCCACCCCAUCAGCUGGGGAACUGUUGCUCUCCUAGGCUCAACAACAGAGGAGCUCAUGGAAUCAUCACAGAAGAAAAUCGAUGCAUCCUCAAAGCAAAAUAAGCAAGUGCUUCAUGGAGAUUUUCAGUUCCUUUGAUGGGGUAGGGGGUAGGGGUACUAUUAUUCUUGAGCCCAAAGACAUUUUAAGAACUUUCUGGAUAAAGAGCCAUGAAGUUCUGGGUCACCUAGAUGAGGUAUCAGUCAUGGAUAUAGGAAGGAGCACCUUUUUGUAUUUUCUGGACAACAGUUCUUUUCUUAAAACUUGAGAACAAUAACAGGACAUCUACAGGAGUCACUCAUCCACCAUAGACUUUUUUUGAUGUCCAAAAUACUCAGGAAGUUAAUGACUUUGGUAGGUUAAUCAUACCAACUCUUGAUCCACCAUAAACGUCACAGGGUGUGUCUGUUGGCUCCCGCACUCAUGUGCCCACCUACCAAAGCCCCGAAAUGUGAGCAGAGAUAAUGAAGAACUGGACUAGUCUUGCCGAAAUUCCCCAUCUUUUGUGUCUGCUUGUAAAUUUGAGUCGUAAUAGCCUGUCCCGUCUAAAUAUGGGGUCCGUCAUUGUGUGAAGAGCUAGCCCUCCUCCCUCUAGGUGUGUCCUCUUCUUGAGGGUCUUUGGGGGGAGAGCAUGAUGUUUGAGGUGUUUGCACUGUCAAGGGAAUGGGGAUUUGGCGAGGGUGCCUGUUUCGAGCUUUGAACCGGGAAACCAAAACUAAAGCAGAUUAUAUGUAGUUUAGAAGGUAUGAUCAGAAGUUAAUAUAUAAUUGUGACACCAACUGCCACUGUGGUUUUGGAGUUUGCAAGGCCAGAUUGGUGUAGGACCAGCAGAGUUAUGUGCAUAGCUGCUCAGGCUAUUACCGUUCCGCCUUUCAGUUGUACAUUGGCUUCCCGCCGUAAACUGGGCUUUUCAUCUUGCAAAAGUUAUGAGAAACGGUUGUGAUUUAAAUUUAAUUUUUUUCCCUCCAAGCCAAGUAUCCACGGUUCCCUCGCAUGCAUGUAAACUACCCACAUUUUGUUUUGUUUCUGUCAUCUUGGUUGCUUUGUGUGUGUCUGAGUGUCUUUUGGAUCCUAAAAUUAUUUAAUUUUCUUUUUUAAAGUCCUGUUGAUUACAUUCAAGCACUUCCCUGUGUCAGUGUUUUCAGGUUCGUCUUGAAGAGUGAGCAGCACAGGCUGCCUUCGGUUACUGUGAUGUUUAUCGCCUUUGCUGUUACGAUACAUGAAUCGUCCUUUUAUGUCUCGCCUGAAUUCAAGGUGUAAUGAUGAGGAGCUGAUUAAAAUAAUAAGAAGUCUGCUGGAAAGUUGGGUGGGGUGGGGAACUGGGAUAGAGUUUGGCCUGAAGCCCCAGCAAACUAUGGACAUGUGUGGCUUGCUGUAACAUGACCAGACUCUGUAGCUGGACCUGCUUGCAAGCGAGGCAGGACUUUCUGUCAAGUAUGUGAGCGUUCAGUAUGCAGAUUUACUCCAAAAUAUGCCAUAUAAUGCAAUACAGUUGGGGCAUAGCACGGGAGAAAUGUAUUUGUUAUAGCAGAAUUUACACUCAGUGGCUUAUUCAUUAGGUGCUUCUUGCCAGUACUGGUUAGGAGCCACUUUUGCCCCCAGAACUGCUUCAAGGGUAGAUGAGUUGUGUGUUCAGAGAAGCCUUCCUGCACACCACUGUUGUACUGAGCUGUUAUUUUUGCACUUGUGGCCUCCCGGUUAGCUUUAGCGAGUCUGGCCAUUCUCCCCUGACCAUGCUCAUUAACACGGUGUUUGCUCACAUAACUGCUGGAGUUUUUUCUUUUUAGUUUAUUGCAUCAUUAUCUGUGUCGAGAUCCUAGGAAGGUGACUAUUUCUGAGAUGCUGGAGCCACCGCAUUCAAAAUCGCUUGGAUCGCGCAACUUGGCGACUGUAAUAGUUGGACAAAAAGCCACAUGAUUGGCUGCGUGGGAGAGCGGGCCGUUUCCAUUAACAAGCAGGGGGACCUACUAAGCUGGCCACUGAGUGUAUAUUAUAUGCACUAAAUUUUUGAAGGAAUGGGAUAUACCAAAUUUAGGAGGUAUUUUAUCAUUUUUGAAAGCUCAAUGCUGCCAUUUUACUGUGUUUUAAUGUUUUUAUAGUAUAAACGUUUGUUUUAAUCACUGUUAUAAAUAAAAUAUGUUUAAUGGUGUGUAAAAUAACAUAGGAGUUGUGCAAAAAAAAAGCAGUCCAUGCAAGAAAAGAAGUAAAAAGUGACAUUAUCCGACUUGUAAAGUGUUUGUACUUGACGUGUCUUAUAAAAGAUUUAUACAAGAA